AGUCUUUUUGUUCACAUGUAUGAAUGUUCUACUAACCUGCAUACAAAGAAAGCUUCACAUCUGAGUCAUAACACCAAAAAUAGUUUGUGUUCUCACUGCCUUGCCUCCAUGGAAUUGGACAUUGGAGUCACUCACUCAGAUCUGACUCUUGCAGAGUCCUGGUUUUCAUCUGAUACAUCUACUGGUUACCUUGAAGAUGCUAUUGCUGACUGGGGUAUUUGGUUCAAUCAAAACAACUUACCAUCCUACUCUCAAGAUCAAAAUGUUAACUAUAAAAGCCAAUAUUUGGUAGAAGUUGAUAAGGAAGAUCUAUUUCCAACUUUUGCUUCCACAACAACCCAAAUCCUUCAUGAUCAUACAAAAUUCAGCAAUAGGAACCCAUCAUCAUCACAGAAUAAUACACAUGCAGCUGCAGUCAAACAUGAUACUUCUCAUAGGAGCUGUGCAUCUAGAGUGUCAGAAGAAAAUGAUGCUUCAGUUUCAAGGGGUCAUUGGAAGAAAAUAGCUUAUCCCUUUGAGUUGGUGAAGCCUGGAGGAGUUGAAGGGGUAACAACCCUUAAAGAUAUAAAUCACCAGCUGUUGAUGAGCCCAUUAAAGCCAAUUCCACAUCCUGUGGGAGACUCUAUAACUCAUCCAUGCAAUUCAGCCAGAGGUUUUGGUAUUACAGGAAAAGCAGUUACAGCCCUUACUAGGAUUCACACCCAGGGUAGAGGCUCCAUUACCAUUAUCAGAACCAAGGGUUGAAUUGAAAUGAAAGCUCAUGGAUGUAUAAUAUAAGUCCUUGGUUUUUGUAUUAUAUUCCUAGUGAUGCUUUGAUAGUUUAUACCAAAUAUGCAAAAGAAAUGUACUGAGUAAAAAAGUCAAAGGUGUUUAUUGAUGUAUAAAGUUAAUUUGAAAUUCUGAAUGGUGAGUUAUAUUGAUAAAAAAAAAAG